GCUCUGGUUAGCAGAGAAAAACCCCAAACUGCUGCUUCCGCAUUGCUUCCUUGUUUAUUAGUUUUAGAGAAAACACGAAAACAGUGCUUUUAGAAGAGAAACGUUGUUUUUUUUUUGUCUCUGGCAUCGGCGAGUGCUCCUCUACAAGAUUUGCACAGACAUCUGACAACGUCUGAUGUCCAGGAGGAAAUUAGGAUUUGAGUUUCACCACAACAAAGUCUGAGUUCUGAAUGGCCACAGCUGCCGAAGAGCCUCCAGGGCUACAGGGCCCCUCCGGUAACCUGCAGAGUCAGUUCUGGAGGAGACUGUCGUCUCUCAGAGGUAAUGCACGAGAUUUGACUGGGGCUCGAAAAAAUGCUUCUCCCGAGAGUCCGACCACCAGCAUGUCUCCGGCCAUGAAAAAAACGAUUGGCCAUCGUGGAAUUGAUCCCACUGGGGAGACAACGUACAAGAAGACAACAUCAUCCGCCCUGCAAGGCGCUAUCCAGUUAGGCAUCACGCACACGGUGGGCAGCUUAAGCCAAAAGCCUGAGAGAGAUGUGCUGCUGCAGGACUUUGAAGUGGUUGAAAGCAUCUUCUUUCCCAGUGAGGGCAGUAACCUGACACCAGCUCACCACUAUGGAGACUUCAGGUUCAAGACAUACGCCCCCAUGGCCUUUCGCUACUUCAGGGAGAUGUUUGGCAUCCGGCCUGAUGACUACAUGUACUCUCUUUGUAAUGAGCCGCUGAUUGAGCUGUCAAACUCCGGGGCCAGUGGAUCUCUCUUCUACGUCUCCAGUGAUGAUGAAUACAUCAUUAAGACAGUGCAGCACAAAGAAGCUGAGUUUCUGCAGAAACUGCUUCCAGGAUACUUCAUGAACCUGAACCAGAACAAACGGACCUUAUUACCAAAGUUUUAUGGACUCUACUGUGUCCAGGCAGCGGGUAAGAACAUCCGUAUUGCAGUCAUGAACAAUCUACUUCCGAGCGCCGUAAAAAUGCACCUCAAGUAUGAUCUAAAGGGCUCCACCUACAAGCGAAGGGCUUCAGCUAAGGAGAGGGAAAAGGCUGUGCCUACAUACAAGGACCUGGAUUUCAUGCAGGACAUACAGGAGGGAUUGUUACUGGAAGGGGACAAGUACAGUGCUGUUUGCAAGACCAUCCAUAGAGACUGUCUGCUUUUGCAAAGUUUUAAGAUCAUGGAUUACAGCCUUCUGGUGGGAAUCCACAAUGUAAAUCAGGCGUGUCAAGAGCAGGCCAGCGAAGAGGCUGGGGCUGUGGACCAAAGGCGGCCACAAGGUCAAAAGUCCCUGUACAGCACUGCUAUAGAGGCCAUUCAGGCUGACGCAGGGAGCAUGGGAUCACUGGACACAGAGGACAAAACGGGAGGAAUCCCAGCGCGAAACUCAAAAGGCGAGCGGCUGCUGGUGUAUAUUGGUAUCAUAGACAUUCUGCAGUCCUAUAGAUUGGUUAAGAAGCUCGAACACUCGUGGAAAGCUCUGGUCCACGAUGGGGAUACCGUAUCGGUUCACAGACCGAGUUUCUAUGCAGAACGAUUUCAGAAGUUCAUGUGCAAUGUAGUGUUCAGGAAGAUCUCAUUAAAAACUUCGCCGUCUAAGAAGCACCGUUUAGUGGCACAUGUUCCUUUGAGAAAGACUGCUGGCUCAGGGCCUUCUCUGUCGACCCAAACCAGCAGCAACAGCCAACACCCUUUUCUUCAACAUCAAGUCAGCUCUGAGACCAAAGAAGACACUGAAGGAGACAAUGUCAUGCAGUCCGGUCGUCCUGACCUUCUCCCAAAGACCCUACUGCCCAGCGACGCUGUUGGCACCGCUACUGAAACAGCUGUCUCCUCCUUGGAAAACCCUGGAUUUGCUACCACAAGUCACCCUCUGGCUCACUCUCAGGAUGCCUACAAGUCAGUAGGAGUGGAUUUAAACCACACAUUGAGCAAAGACCAGGAGUACAGCACCACCAAGAGAGCUCAGUAUGAAGAACGUUCUGAGGAUGUGAUCUCACUCAGUGACAUUGUUCCUGACGCAAGCAAAUGCUCUGUGUAGAAAAAUGAACUCAAAUGAAUCAAGACAAACUUGGAGGAUGCAAUUAGCAUGGAUGAAAUGUUACAACCCUGCCUUGGUGUGAUUUAAGGUAAAGUUAUAGUGUUUCACCGAGACCAAGGGGGGUAUUAAAUGUUUUUUGUUAUUUGGUUUUUGCACUUUGAUUUCCAAAUCACAAGAUGGUAUGAGCAUGUAAGUGGGCGGUUGUGUUCUGACACUAGUAAUUGUUGGUACAUUAUUGCUGUGGUUAUUGAACAUUAAUAUUCAUCUCGUAGGAAUGUUUCUAUGCACAACCAAAGAUUGCUCUUGGCACUGAUGGCUCAACUCAGCCAGCUUUCAAUGUAGAGUGUAAAAUGAGGACUUUGCCUUGAGAAUGUCUUUAUUCAAGCUAUAUUUCAAAUUAUUAUUAUUAUUUUUUUUAAAUAAUUCCUCUUUUAUGUCUAGCAAAUUGUUGCAGCUCAUCCUUCUACAUUCUUGGCUCUGUAAGUGUCUGUCCCACCACCCGAAGGCCCGUGCCUACAGUACUGUUUCUGCUACAUGUUUGACUCAGAUGCUUUAAAACAAACCAUGUGAUUUGGGUUGGGAACACAGUUUUAAAUAAAAGGGUUUAUUUUUUAAAGAAAUUACUUUACUGGGUAAGCUGCUGUUUUUUUAAGCCUACUCUGAAUGCAUAUCAUGCUGGAACAAGAGGUGAUCCUCAGCUUGCAGUGUCUAUUUAACCAGCUAUUCUGAUAAUGGACUGUGAAUUCUAAAUGUCACCUCAUGUUCAAGUCAAAGAGUUAUAUUAAAAUCAUCUUUUUUAUACGUUUCUGUAUGAUCUGAUAUCAGUUUAAGGUUUAGUAUGUAGACUGGCCGAUGUCCUAAUGUGACCAAAUAACUGUUACUCAGAUGGCAUUGGACAAAGCACCACAACAAACAGUGUCCUGGGGCAUGUCACAUGAAGCAAGACUAGUGAGGUAGUCUGCUAAGUUUGGGGUGAACCCUGUCUUCUUUCAGUGUCACAGAGAGAGUGUGAGUUCCAACUGAGUUUUGUUAAUAUGGCAACUAAUGCACCAGACCAAAUCUGCAAGGAGCAGUUUGUGUUUUAAGGCUUUUGGAUAAUGUUAUACAAAAGAACCAUCUCCUCACCAAUCAAUUGUGAAAUGGGGAAAUGAAUGACAUUCUUACAGGAGCUCAAUGAACAAAAACACAUUAUUCACUUUAAAGUGUCAUGGACCAAAGAGCAUGACGUUAUUACCAACGUGGUACAAUCACUUGGUUUUUCAUUAUAAUUAAUCAUAUUAAAAACAGUAAUAUAAUAAAUGUUUGCAGUAUAAGCAGGUGGCCCACUGUGGCUAUAAAAUAGAACAGAAACUACUGUAGCUAACUCUUAGAUGUACCUAAAGUAAAUAAAAUGUACUGUUUCAUGGUAUUUCUAUUGAUUCAGUGCAGCUUGACAGUAUGCACAUAUUCUAACACUGCUGCCCUCGUGAAAAUAAGACAUCUUUGUAAGUAGUUACAUUUUAUAUAAUCAUAAAUUGCAUUGUUGGUGUCAUUUAUGCAAAGCACCUGAAACCAGCCAACACUAAUAUAAUCCAGUUGCUACAGCAAUGGCAGUUUCAGACUUGCAGGUCAUUCCAACCUGCAACAUCUAAAGACAUAUUAGCCCCACAAAAUGUUGUGAUUGAGUGGUAUUGUUCAUUCUCUGUCCUGAUUACUUUGGAGAAAGGAGAUUGUAUUUGUCCAAAGAAAGAAACCCAGAUCGGGAUGCAAAAGGUUGGGAUACAAUGCAAAAUUAGCAAUGUAGGUUGGUAGGAGUUUUGACUUUGCUGCUGAAUAUAUAAACAUGGGUGAUACUGCAUUGUCUUAAAGUAUUUCCAAUACACUUUUCCACUAUUUGCAGUUAGUUGCUGCUAAAAGUAAAAAACGAUGUAGGUCCCUUAAUUUAGUAAGGAUUACUUAAAUUUGAGUACUUCCGUUAACCACAUAUUAAAGCCUAUAUAUUUUCACACUGAUUCAUGAUGUAUUGCUUUUAUUCGUAAUUCACUUUUGUUGAUUUGUUGCAUGCCCCAACCAAGGCAUAGUUGUAAUUUUUCACUACCCUAAUGUUGAUGGCUGCCUGGUGUGUGAAAGUAAAAAAGACAAAACUGUUCCGUCUACUUUUUGUAAACUCAAACUAGUAGAUGUAUUGGUGCUUUGAUACAACUUAGCACUCAAAAUGGGUGUGCAAUGUUUUAAUAUUUAAAAUGUUUGAUGUGUUAAAAUGCAAAAAUGUAUUAGAAUUAACUUUUUGUCCAAAAGCAUAAAAUAAUUUGAAGAUGGUUCAACUAUGCAACAAUGUUUGUUUACAGCAUAUGCAUAUUUCUGAAUGAAAAGACGGUGCAAUACAUGUAAUGAAUUAUAAUUUUUCCAACUAAGAUAAGAUGAGUAAGCAUAAUUUGGGCAUUUUAAUUCAUCCUGUAAAUGGUAUGUUGAGAUUUUUUUUCAUAAUGCUGGCAAUUCUAUCAAACAAUGCUUUGUCCUUUUAAAGUGAAACUGUGUUUUUGUAAAAACGCAAACAUUUACACAUGCAGCCUAUGAACCAAACAUGUACAUAAUCAUAUGUAUUAUAGUAUUUAUAACUAUGUAUUGCUCUGGUGUCCAAAAUGUUCAUCAAUAUAGAUUGAAAAUGUGCCUUUCUGCACAACACGCCUGUAUCUAAGUCUGUUUUAAUGUUGCAGAGUAAAACUUUUGUUUUCUGUAAACUUUGUUGAUUGGUCUUCACUUGCCUUUUAAGUUAAAUGCAAUGAAUAGGUGCACAUCUGUAUGCAAGAAUCACAACAACGCCUUUUUCACACAAUGUAUUUAUAAAUCCUCUAUCUUGCUGUUUUGGGGAUGUCAUGUUUUUGUACACUUUUACCCGAUUAAACAAAAAAA